GGGGCCGCCCGAGCGCGGUCCGAGCCAUCUACUGCUGCCGGCCACCCGGCCCUCCCGACUCGCCGCCCGCCCCUUCCCCGCCCGCCGCCGUCACCAGGGAAACGGGCCGCGACCGCCCGCCGACCCCAAGCUGGUUUCAUGGCAGCCGCGAAGAAAGCAGUUUUGGGGCCGUUGGUGGGAGCAGUGGACCAGGGCACCAGCUCGACGCGCUUUUUGGUUUUCAAUUCAAAAACGGCCGAACUACUUAGUCAUCAUCAAGUGGAAAUAAAACAAGAAUUUCCAAGAGAAGGAUGGGUGGAGCAGGACCCUAAGGAAAUUCUGCAUUCUGUCUAUGAGUGUAUAGAGAAAACGUGUGAGAAACUUGGACAGCUCAAUAUUGAUAUUUCUAACAUAAAAGCUAUUGGUGUCAGUAACCAGAGGGAAACCACUGUAGUCUGGGACAAGUUAACUGGAGAGCCUCUCUACAAUGCUGUGGCUGCUCCAGUUUCUCCUGGCCCUUCAGAUCCAGUUGCCGUUGUUGCCUCUGGCUCUUCAGUUCCAGCUGCUGGCGCUUCCUCAGUGUGGCUUGACCUAAGAACCCAGUCUACCGUUGAGAGUCUUAGUAAAAGAAUUCCAGGAAAUAAUAACUUUGUCAAGUCCAAGACAGGCCUUCCACUUAGCACUUAUUUCAGUGCAGUGAAACUUCGUUGGCUCCUUGACAAUGUGAGAAAAGUUCAAAAGGCAGUUGAAGAAGAUAGAGCUCUUUUUGGGACCGUUGAUUCAUGGCUUAUUUGGAGCUUGACAGGAGGAGCCAGUGGAGGUGUCCAUUGUACAGAUGUAACAAAUGCAAGCAGGACGAUGCUUUUCAACAUCCAUUCUUUGGAAUGGGAUAAAGAGCUCUGCGAAUUUUUUGAAAUUCCAAUGAAAAUUCUUCCAAAUGUCCGGAGUUCUUCUGAGAUCUAUGGCCUAAUGAAAAUCUCUCAUAGUCUGAAAGCUGGGGCCUUGGAAGGUGUACCAAUAUCUGGGUGUUUGGGGGACCAAUCUGCUGCAUUGGUGGGACAAAUGUGCUUCCAGGAUGGACAAGCCAAAAACACGUAUGGAACAGGCUGUUUCUUACUAUGUAAUACAGGCCGUAAGUGUGUAUUUUCUGAACAUGGCCUUCUGACCACAGUGGCUUACAAACUCGGCAGAGACAAACCAGUGUAUUAUGCGUUAGAAGGUUCCGUAGCUAUAGCCGGUGCUGUUAUUCGCUGGCUAAGGGACAAUCUUGGAAUUAUAAAGACCUCUGAGGAAAUUGAAAAACUUGCUAAAGAAGUAGGUACUUCUUAUGGCUGCUAUUUCGUCCCAGCAUUUUCAGGGCUAUAUGCACCUUAUUGGGAGCCCAGUGCAAGAGGGAUCAUCUGUGGGCUCACUCAGUUCACCAAUAAAUGCCACAUUGCUUUUGCUGCAUUAGAAGCUGUUUGUUUCCAAACUCGAGAGAUUUUGGACGCCAUGAACCGCGACUGUGGAAUUCCUCUCAGCCAUUUGCAGGUAGACGGAGGAAUGACCAACAACAAAAUUCUGAUGCAGCUACAAGCAGACAUUCUGUAUAUCCCAGUAGUGAAGCCCUCGAUGCCCGAAACAACUGCCCUGGGAGCUGCCAUGGCAGCAGGGGCUGCAGAAGGGGUUGGCGUUUGGAGUCUGGAACCUGAGGACUUGUCAGCUGUCACAAUGGAGCGGUUUGAACCUCAGAUCAACGCUGAGGAAAGUGAAAUUCGUUAUUCUACAUGGAAGAAAGCUGUCAUGAAGUCAAUGGGUUGGGUUACAACUCAGUCUUCAGAAAGUGUGUCUGACUUUGCCUUUCUGGGGGGCUGUCUUCAUGACCUGAACCAACCGAAAGCUGUAUUAAUUAAUAUAUUUCACUACUUCCUAGACUGCUUCCAAGCCCUUAGUGAGUGUAUGUUAUGAGAACUCAUUGGAAUCAAAGGAAGAAAAGUACCAAGCAUAGUAAAUUAGAAAUGUCAUAAUUGGCAAAUGCUCUUGGCAGAAAAUAGAGGACUAUUUUUUUUCAAUCUCUUAGGUAGGAAGGUAUUGCCUUAAGUAAACCAUUUAAUUGUAAACAGCCCUGAGCUGCCUUUAAUAUAGAAACAGCCUUAAACAUGCCUUUAAUAUGGCAUAAUAUUUUAAUUCUUUGCUAAAUGCAAGAUUUCAAACAUAGUGAAUGAAACAAUGGCCAAUAAUAUAUUGAAGUGUAUAGUUUAAUGGAGAAGAGAAUAUAAAUGAAAUAUGGCCUGCCUUCCAACCCCAAAGCGAGUAUAGAACCACUUUUAAUAUAUCUGGCUUUUAGGAGAAGCUUCUAGGAUCAUCUAGUACCACAGAUCACUGUGAUCUGUAUUUUCAGUCCUGGAUGUUCCUACUUGAAGCUUUUGUUUAUUCUCCUAAAUAAGCUUUAAGCUUAAUAUCCAUUUUCUUUAAAUCUUUUGUUCUGAGACUCACCUUUCUUUCUAAGAUAGUGGCAAAGCCUUUCUUGCUAAGACUGUUUGCAGUUUUUGAGACCCUUUAUAGCUAAACUUCUCAAUCAUAGGUAUUUUUGUAGCACAGUGCUAGUUGCUUUGAAAGAUAUAACAGACAUGCACUCGAUUUAUUUUCUGGUUGCCCUUAAUUAAUGGCUAAUGAAAAUGAGUUAUAUUGUUUUCUUUGACAAGUUAGAUUGUUUUUAAACGGCACAGGGACUUCCCUGAUGGUCCAGUGGUUAAGACUACGUACUUCCAAUGCAAGGGGCCCGGGUUCGAUCCCUGGUCAGGGAACUAAGAUCCCGUAUGUCACGCGGCAUGGCCAAAUAAAAUAAGAUGGCACAGUCCUACCUGUUCCCGCACUCCACUGCCCCAGCUGCCUCCACGUUAAUGCCACACAUCCUUCUCCUUACUUGCAGUUGAAGGUAUAAUUUUAAUUGCAAAGUUCCCACAGAACCAAUUGAUCGUUUUCUCUCUGUUUGCUUACUUACCUGUCAGUGAAUGUAAAAUGCCACGAAAAAGUUGAUAAAAGAAAAUUACAUGAUUCUAUUGUUUCUGCCAUCAGCAUUGAUGAUAAAGUAAUUUGAUUUUCUGAGAGCUUUCGAUUUUUCAAACUUUGUUUUUGUUUCAGUUAGGCUGCAGUGAAUUUAAGGCAAAGUUUGAAAAAAUUUUUGAGUAGAUCUAUGAAAAGCACUCAUGUAUAAUAUUUUGAGAGUCUCUAAACUGUAUA